AUGGGUACCUUCUUCAAAACAACGCCACACAUCAACCCAGCCUCCCUCAAAAAGCCCAGCAGGUGGUACCUCCCCGUCAUGGCCGCCAUAGCUCUCGGCUUCGGCGCCUACAACCACUACACCGCAGAAAGUCAUACCCCAGUCUCAACCCAGCAAAAGCUCCUGGCCCAGCAAGCAGAAGAAGAGCGACUGCGCAAGAACCGCGCGCUGAUGGACGCGUACGGCGAUAAGGAGACGUUGCAGGAUAUUGAGCGCGCGUUGGUGGUUUAUGAUUUGCAGUGA